GUACUCCUAUUAUAUCAUGUCGUCUAUUCUCAUUGGAACAUUUACAGUUUUCUUACUCAUAUCAAAUGAUUAUGCAUUCGAUAAUUUAUCAGAGGGCCUUCCAAUCCUCGUUUAUAAUACAACGAACUUAUCGAAGGGAGUUAGGGUAUAUAAAAAGUUUUCAUGUUUCCCUUUUGAAUACUUCGAAAGUUUGACAUUGGUUGUCGAUCUUUUAGAUGUUCGAAGUGUGUACCAGAUUGAAUUUACAUUAGUUCCAGGAAGAAGAUUAUUCGGUCUUUUCUCGAAAGACGUGACAGGAGGAUGGUCAAUAUUCAUUUCUAAUUCGAGUUCCACACACUCCGGGUCCUUGUAUCCUUCAGGAACUUUAGAUGACAAGGAAACAUCAGUGUUUGUAACCAAACAAAAAGAUGGUCGAUUUAUGGUUUUUAGAUACGUACCUGACACUCAAAAUCAAAGUGUUUCAUUUUGUGCUUUCAAAGUAUUGGGAUGUGACAUGGGUGUGUUUGGAACAAACUGUGAAUUCAAUUGUUCAAAGAACUGCAUCGGGAAAUCAUGUGACAUUUUAGACGGAACAUGUCUCAGUGGGAGAUGCAAGGAUGGUUGGCAAGGAAACAACUGUAAUCUAAAGUAUAAGGAUGAAGUAUUGUUUCCAAACUUUACAAAACAAUAUACUAACUGUAAAGAUAGUGCUGGAGAAUGUAAUAACGUGACUGGUGUCAGUGAUAAAGGUUGCAUCGCUGGAAAUAAAAGUGGGAAGAGUGACUCAAGUGUUCCACACGUUGAGGAAACCCAAUCAGAGGUUUAUGGCCUGCUAGCAGCACUUAUAGUUUCCAUUUUGAUGAACUGAAUUUUCCUAACAAUUUAUUUUAAAAGAUUCGUGUUAAAAAAUAGAAAGAGGAUCUCACUUCAGACCACACCUGCACCAAUGUAUGCAAAUGCAAUACCUGAAGAGACACAAAAUCAGAGAUCUGAUCAAGAACAGGACGAAUCAGAGAUGAAAAUAUAUUAUGAAACAUUACAGGACAGCUCCAAUGAACCGAAUAAACAUAACUAUGCUUCAUUAAAAAUAAAAUAAGAAACGAAAUGAAAUAAAGCUGUGUAAAAAUACAAUCUUCAGUUUCAAAGUUUUGGAUUAACACUGAAGCCAACUUUAUUUGCGAUAUUGUUUAUCCUGAAACAGGAAAAAGAAUGUUUGUGAACGCUGGAUAUGUAUUACACUCGGGUAAACAUGAAGUAUACCCGAACAGGUGACAUUUGCAAUUGAUGUGAAAUAACAAUAUAUGAUAUUCCGACGUUUACGAUGCCAAUGAAACUCUAAUGAAAGUCAUACGCUAAUAACAAUUAGUAAGAUAACUAUAUAUUAUAUUCCAUUGUUUACGAUGCUAAUGGAACCUAUAAACGCUAAUAAGAAUUAAUGUACAAUAUUAUGGUAUUAGGUUAUUAAAAUAGUAGGUUAUUUGAGAGUGAAUAUUUGAAUUUCGGGAUCUUGUGAAACAUGUCAGUAUAUUAGUAUGUCACGACUCUGCUAAUUGUAAAGACUUCUUUGCUUCCAUGAUUUCAAUUAUUACUGAUAUGAUAUAUUUGCAUAUUAAAUAUCACUGAGAUAUUAUUUUUCUGAUUUACAUUUACAGUCUUCAAUGUACUAAUCAUUUGUUUUAAAUCAUUGACAACUUAACGUUAAUCAUAACAAGAAUGCAUUUAUGUACAAUCAUGAGCUUUA